AGCAGGUUCUACAAGAUUUGGAUCGCUGGAAUUUUUUACCACCAAAAAGUCAGCUACGUGGCGUGGCGUCUGUGACCCCAGAAGGAAAAAUUCAUAAAGUGUUACCCCAACUUUGGAAAACCGGCUCGUCAGACUUCAUCUCUCCACCAUGGCCGGCCUAGUCUCCGUUCAAGAAAUGCAGGCAACUGUGGUUGAUUUCGUUCAAAACCAAGCUCCACUUUACUUGAAGAACACCACCCUCGCUCCUGAAUCUCUGCUGCAAUCCUAUACCUCCCUUGAUCCCCUGAUCACAGCUCUUGCCAUCGCAACCGUCUUCUCCAUUGCUCACUGGUUCCUUGCUCUGGUUAGUAACAACUACAGCCAAGUUGACAAAUGCUGGUCUAUUCUUCCUGUCAUUUAUAGCUGGCACUUCACAGUUCACGACUAUCUUGUACGCGGCCAAAUUCAUCCUAGACUUGCCUUGGUGACCGCCUUGGUGACCGUUUGGGGUGCUCGUUUAACCUACAAUUUCGCUCGUAAGGGAGGCUACAAGUUCAGUGAACAAGAUUAUCGCUGGCCAUACAUCCAGAAGAGGCUCGGAAAGGUCGGUAUGGAGCUGUUGAACAUUACCUUCAUCGCUCCCUACCAGAACUUGCUGUUGCUCUCCUUGACUGGUCCCAUUUACGUUGCCAGUCUUGCUGCUGGCCAAUCUCAGGGUCUUGUCACAUUGGAUUAUGUUGCUGCCGCUUUGUUUGCUGCCAUUUGGUUCACUGAGAUUGUCGCUGAUCAGCAACAAUUCGAUUUCCAAACUCGCAAGUACAAGAUGAUCAAGGAAAAGACUGCCCUUUACGGUGAUUAUAAGCGAGGUUUCCUUACUCAACGCGGUCUUUGGCGCUUCAGCAGACAUCCCAAUUUCUUUUGUGAAAUCAGCAUCUGGUACGCUGUGUAUCUCUUCUCUGUCGCUGCAACCGGUGUCAGCUUGAACUGGAGUCUUACCGGUGCUGCCGCCCUCCACAUGCUCUUCUUCGGUAGCACUUGGAUCACUGAGGUUAUUUCAUCUGAAAAGUACCCCGAAUACAAGAGAUACCAACAACAUGUCAGCAUGCUGGUUCCUUUGCCAUCCAGAAUGCCCUCUUCAAGCAACUUGAAGAAAGACUUGUAAUUUUUUUUUUUCAUUCGUUUCUUUUUUGCGUGUGCAUGUAUUUUUGUAUAGCCCGCCUUUGACGGAAUAAUGGGACUCUGUGUAAUAAAGGGU